AGUCAAACCCGCAUGAUCCGCCGAUGGGAACAGUGUAAAAAGUGAAUUCCUAUCUCGGAUAUGGAACCACAAAUUACAUUAAGUUUGCCGGGGAGAAUUUACGACUCUCCCGACAGUUUCGAGCGGGAAAACUUCACUUCUCCGGGACGAGACUGGAAGACAACUCCGCAAAGAUCUCGAAUUUACUCGCCGAGGCAGCAUUUUCGCAGAACACCGGGAGCUUGUCGGCCUCCGACUAGAGUCCUUUCUAGCACUCCUCCGUCCGGAAACACUGUUUUUGAAUUUCCAGUAUGUAAGAACAUCGAGGGUUCGGGUAGCUCAUUGCUGUCAGUUGCUGAUUUAGCGUCAAAUGUUUCUGGUAUUGGUCACUGUCACCCUCAACAUCAAUCUACACCACAACAACAUACGCCACCUCAGCAGCUACAACCGCAGCAGCAAUCGACACCGCAGUCGCAGUCGUCGUUGUCGCUAUCUCAACAAUCUUCGUCUCAGCAGCCAUCCUUUGAAUUACAUGUGACGAAUUUAGACUAUAAUAUAUCGGCGAGAGAGUGGAGAAAAAUACUUUGCGCCGAAUUUCAGCAACACGUCACAGUACUGAGCGUAGAAAUUGCUACUCAACCCGACAAUACUAAUAUUGGAAUUGUAAGAGUACCUACGGAAGAAAAUGCUAGGUAUGCAAUUUCACAAUUGCAUAGGAGAAAAAUCGGCUACAAGAGGGUUCACGUUCAAUUAGUCCAAAAUGAAAACCUCAACACGAUGACCGAUACACUUAAAAGUGAUAUAAUCCGCUUAUUGAAGGAUGUUGCCGGUAAUACCUUACCACUGUUCAAGUUUAUUGAAUUGUUCGAGCAAAGACAUCAUAGAUCUGUAUCCGUUGCUGAAUUGUACAAACUUAGAGAUACUGUAGAAGUAUGGGAAAAUAGUGGUGGAAGGAUGAUUUCUAUUUCUCAAACAGUCCAGAUGAACCAAAGUACUUCAACUGAUAUAUCUCAAAUAGAUGAUUUAGUAUGCGCUAAGCAUUGUCCAGAAAAUUCGUCAGACUACGCAACAGCUCUAGAUUCAUGCUCUCUCCCUAACGUUCUCAUGUCGUUAAGAAUACUCGCACCAAGAAUUCAUACUCUGGUCGCAGAACAUGGUGGUUCUUUGCCCAUGCUUUCUCUGGCAACCUGCUAUGCAGCGACUUUUGAACCGUUAGAAGCUGUUGAAAACGGGGGUGUUCCCCUGGAGCACCUCAUAACCUGCGUAUCUGGCGUAAGAAUAGUUAUAUCAUCACCAUCUGGUGUUAAGAAAGUGGAAUGGCAAGGAGAAGACGUUCCAAGAGGAUCUUCUAGUCCCCUCAUGACUCAACAACUAGGUCAGUUUGCGAGAGAAGUUGCAGAUCUUUUGAAGCACUCCCCAAAGUGUUCUCUUCCGUUUUCGAAGUUUAUUCCUGCCUAUCAUCAUCAUUUUGGACGGCAGUGUAGAGUUGCUGAUUAUGGUUAUACAAAAUUAAUAGAGUUAUUAGAUGCAGUUGGUCAUGUUGUACAAGUUUUAGGAGCUGGAUCCAGAAGAGUAGUAACUCUCACUCAUAGAGCUCAUGUAAAGAGAUUCACGGGGGAUGUUACCAAAGUUCUUAAGAGUCUCCCUGGCAAACAAGCAAGAAUGUGCGAGCUUCAGGAUACUUUUGUGAAAGUUAUGGGUAAACCUUUGGAGCCUUGCGACUAUGGUGUUUGUGUUCUAGAAGAUAUCAUGGCAGAUGUACCGGAUCAAGCUAUACUGAUAAUGCGAGAUGAAACAGGAACAAUUUUUUCACUUCCCAGACGUCAGCAAACUCCAGCAGAAAUGGAGCGAACUCGACAUUUUACAAAAGAAGUGAUCGAACUCCUUCGUCAUAGUCCAAGAGGUCGUUUACCAUUCUCAAAAUUUAUUCCAGCUUAUCAUCAUCACUUUGGAAGGCAAUGUAGGGUCUCAGAUUAUGGAUUUACGAAACUUAUUGAACUUUUAGAGGCAGUGAGCCACGUUGCUCACGUGUCGGACGAUGAACAUGGUGAUAAAACGGUUGUUCUUGCCAAGGAACAAAUGAUAAAAGUACUUGAAGAACAAUUGGCCGUUGUUUUAAGGGCUACCCCAACAUUAGCACUGCAGCAAUUGCCCAAUGCUUUCCUCAGACAGCAUGGGCAUUCCAUAAGGUUAGAAGAUUAUGGGGUAAGAGAUACUGAACAAUUGAUUUCCCUUAUACCGGGAAUUGCAAGAGUCGUAACAAAAAAUGAUCAAAAAACGAUUGUGGCCGUUGAUGCUGCCGACGUUGCCAGACUAGUUAACAGAUUACUUUUAUUAUUAAUGGAUACAACUUUUGAUGGUUGUAUGGAAAUCAACACGCUAAUUAACCUUUACCAUAAAAUCUAUAAACCGGAUUCAAUAUCUGAAGUAGAAAUUAGACGACAUUUAGAAGAUAAAGUAACUAUAACUGAUAAUAUAGUUAGACUACAACCUUUACAAUUGUUUGCCAGAGAUGUCCGAACUUUACUUUUACAAGCCGGCGGUAGAAUGUCGGCUGCUAAUUUAGAGGAAGCUUAUUCCAGUCACUUUGGUGUUGUACUUGUUCCCGCAACAUAUGGUAGAUCGAACUUGUUGGCAUUGCUGGACGCCGUACCUCAUGUUGUUGUUGUACAUGUUCGAGGAAGGGGACAGAAGAGAACGAUAUCGCUGACACAAGCAUUCUGCAGAAGAGAGAACUACGAAGAGAAAACUUUUGAGAAGGCAACUAAAAAGAAACCAACCAGCUUAGAUAUGGCAGCAUCUUAUUUGCCUGAUAUAGAUAAUUUGACAUCUGAAAGUACAUCACCUGAAUCCGAGAUAAAAGAUUCUGAAGAAAGUGGAUUUGAAAGUUCCUUUUCGGAACAGUACCAACUUUAUACAAGUCCAAGUUCAAGUGUUCUUUGA